AUAAUUGGAAAACCUAUCUGUUCCGGCGCAAUCCAUCGUGCAAAAAUCGUUGAAACUUCCUGUCUUCGUUCGAUAGUGAAAUAUGCGGGUGACGAACGUCCAGUGGAUACAUCCUGUAUGAUACCGCGGAACGCCUCAGCCAGUAAUGCGCAUGGUGAAUGCCUUUUGGGUGGUCGAUUCAACAUUCCGAAGAGCCCUCUUUUGCACGACCGGCUCGAUGGCCAAGAGCAAAUUCGAUUACGUACGGAACUUCGAACACAUAGAUUCGGUGCUACCGAACACAUAUAUCGUGGUCAGAUUGGAUGGCAAGGGCUUCCACAAAUUCACGCAGACUCACAACUUCAAGAAACCCAACGAUUCACGAGGAUUGAACCUCAUGUCUCGUUGUGCUGAAAGCGUCAUGGAUGAGUUUAGCGAAAUCGCCAUCGCGUACGGUCAAAGCGACGAGUAUUCUUUCGUGUUCCGCAAGAGCGCAGAGGUCUACAAGCGUAGAGCUUCGAAACUCAUGACGAACAUCGCCUCUUUAUUCGCUUCAUCGUACGUAUUUUAUUUCUCGGAGUUUUUCCCCGAGAAGAAUAUGACUUACCCGCCAGCGUUCGACGCCCGCGUCGUGUUGUAUCCCUCUGACGAGAACCUCAGAGACUACCUAUCUUGGCGGCAAGCAGACUGUCACAUCAACAAUCUAUACAAUACAGCUUUCUGGGCUUUGGUUCAGGAGGGUGGACUUACCCCGACACAAGCUGAGAAACGCCUCCGAGGUACCGUCAGUUCCGAGAAAAACGAGAUUCUCUUCAAAGAAUUCCAGCGUAACUACAACAAUGAGGACGCUCUCUUCAGAAAGGGAACAUGCAUCAUUCGCGUCCCGAAAGAAAUCAACGAGGUGGAAGGGACGACCGUCAGUCCUCUUAUGAGGAAACUCAAGCCGACGUCAACCGAAUUGAGGAAACUUAACUGUGACAUGAUUCAAAAAGAUUUCUGGGAUCGAUAUCCAUUCAUCCUGCAAUAAGUCCUUAAGUCCUUAAAGAAUAAAAAUGCAGUGUCUUCAGCGUCCUA